GUUACACGUUUAGUUUGGCUUCCGCGAAGGUCGCGGUGGGGCAGCCGUCCACGUGAUUUGCAGCGAGGGGAGGCAACUGGGCCUGCGCUUCGCACUCGGCGCCCGAGGUUCUUCCGGGCGUCCCGCCGGAUUGAUCCGGUCUCAAAUUCCUCGGGCCGCGAGCACGAGAGCGCCAGGCAAGUCGCCGCUUCCGCCCUUCCCAGCCGUCCAAUCGGGUGGAAGGGAGCGGCCCGGAAGUGGCGCUAGGGUACCGCCCACUUCCGGUUCCGGCCAGUCGGAGCGAGCGCGUCGGAGGGAAAUGAAGCUGCUCACCCACAACUUGCUGAGCUCGCAUGUGCGGGGGGUGGGGCCCCGAGGCUUCCCUCUGCGCCUCCAGGCCGAACAGGUGCGCAUCCACCACGUGGAGUUCAACCCGGAGUUCGUGGCGCGCAUGAUUCCCAAGGUGGAGUGGACGGCGCUUCAGCAGGCGGCGGACAGCCUGAGUUUGGCCGAGGUGCCCAGCGGGCCUGUCGAGGGGUAUGAACAGGAUGAGGAGUUUCUGCGGAAGAUGCACCACGUGCUGCUGGAGGUGGAGGUCAUGGAGGGGACCCUGCAGUGCCCGGAAUCAGGACGUCUGUUCCCCAUCAGCCGGGGGAUCCCCAACAUGCUGCUGAACGAUGAGGAGACCGACACUUAAACUCGCCAACCCACCAUCUGUUCCCAGUGUGACCUUGUAUAUUUGUGAAAUCCUGUGUCCGUGACCCCCGCCCCCAGUUGGCCCAGUGACUCAGCCAGCCACACGUUUGAGCUCGAUAUUAUAUAUAUUUUUUUCUCAUUAAAGGUUCAAAACCAAAA